AUGAUGCAUCUCUUCCUCGUCUCCUCCUCAGCCCAGGUGCCGGACUUGCAGUGCAAGGCUAUCCGUGGUCUCUACGCCGCUGUCAAAACCGUCGACACGAGGGUCUCCGAUAUGCUUAGCGUUCACUGCUGCGACUUGUCCGACGUCCGGUGCAACAAUUUGGCCGACAUGACGCACAACGCGCCGGCCGGCGGGUGGGGCGCGCCCGGCACGUUCGAGGUCGAGCGAGUCAAGCUCCGCGGCGGCGCUUCCAAGCCGGAAGGCACGCUCCCCUCGGCCGCCUCCAUCUGGGACGGCCUCAAGUCGCUGUCAGAGCUCGACUUGGGCAAGGACUCGAAGAGCGACCUGUCGGGCACCAUCCCGCCCGCCAUCGCGGCCCUCGCCAAGCUCGAGGAGCUGCAGCUCGAGUCGGAGACGCUCUCGGGCACGAUCCCGCCCAUCUUCGACAAGUUUCCCUACCUUGAGGAGAUCCGCCUCGGCGACCGCCUCUCGGGCACCCUCCCCGCCAACUUCUGCGCGGGGCCCGCACUCACGGAGAUUGACGUCUCGGUCAACCCCGACCUCUCCGGCACCAUCCCCGCGUCGUGCUUCAACAGCCGGAUGGAGAAGAUCGGGGCCUAG